CCGGGGCACUGCCUCACCUGCGGCCCGGCCGCCCCGCUGGCUUUGGGGAGCCGCUGCUAUGGCGCCUGCCCGCCGGGGACCUUCCAGCAGGAUGCCGCGUGCCUCCCCUGCCACGCAAGCUGCUCCACCUGCAGCGGCCCCGAGUCCUCCGAGUGCACGUCGUGCACGGACAAGCGCGUUCUCUAUAGGUCCUCCUGUCUCUCGAGCUGCCCGGCCGGGACAUUCGAUGAGGCUGGCGUUUGCCUGCCCUGCGAGGCAUCCUGCGCCACGUGCAGCCGCGCGACGGCCUGCGACACCUGCCGCCCGGCCGAGUACCUGACCCCAAGUGGCACAUGCGCUGCCGUCUGUCCGGCCGGGUGGCAGCCCUGCGCCGCCUCCCGCCAGUGUGUCGCUUGUCCGGACCACUGCACGGCAUGCGCGCCCAUCGAUGCGGCAUGCACGGCCGUCUGCACGGCCUGCGCCGACGGGUGGCUCCUGUCCGGCGGCCAGUGCGCCAGCGCCUGCCCGGCCGGCGAGUAUGCCGCCCCCGGGGGGCACAGCUGCGCCGCCUGCAGCCACCCCUGCCGGACCUGCCUCGGGGCCGCGGACGC